AACCUGCGGCUCCCGAGCCAUUUGUGGCUCUUUCACCUCUGUGCUGCGGCUCCCUGUGGCUUUGGGAAAUAAUUGGUCAGUAUUUAAUUAAAAUGUAUUUUAUGUUAGUUUGUUAGCUUUUGAAAUGUAAUUAUGGUGAUCUUGUACAACCUAAGUGUAGCGACACAUUUCCUGCCACAUCCGAAACGGCUCACAAUUAGCCAGCAUUCCGGCUAAGGGAGAUAGCCUACGGGGGUUUGUGAGUACGCGUCUUUUGCAGCAUCUGCGUCCAUGGGGGGCUGGGUUGAGGGAGGCUUAAAAGCAAGGCUGUUUAGUUCGAAUAAAGCUAUCUUUGACUGCAGUUUACUGACACCGCUACAACGUGUUUUUAUCGCUGGCUGUCCAGACGGAAGGUGCUGAAACGCUUUGUCGCGUGUCUGGAAGAAGUGAAAACUUUCCUGGGCAGCAAAGGGCUCACCUUUCCUGAGCUGGAACAGCCAGAGUGGCUGGAAAAGCUACACUUCAUGGUAGACAUGACAGCGCACCUGAACACGCUGAACACAGCUCUUCAGGGGAAAGGACGUACAGCCCUGCACAUGUUGGAGGAUGUUUUGGCAUUCGAGCGCAAGUUGACAGUGCUUGCCAGAGAUUUACAGAAAGGCACUUUGUCUCACUUCCCCAAUUUGAGAGAGUUCAAACAAGGUCACGACAUGAUAAUUUCGGAGUAUUUACAUUCUGCAAUCAUCGCAAUGCAAACAUCGUUUGGGAAACGCUUCUGUGAGUUCAGAGAGGAAAAAAACACAUUAUCCUUCCCGGUCACUCCCUUAAGCAUCGAUCCUUCCCUACUGAAUACGACUGCAUUGGCAGGUGUGAGUCAGCCUGAUCUUGAGAUGGAACUGGCCGUCAUAGCCGACAAAGACAUAUGGGUGUCCAAGUUUAGACGCCUGACAGCAGACCUUGAAGAUGUUGCCCGUCAGAAGGCCGUUCUUGCUCAGAAACACAAAUGGAGUGAUAUUGAAAACCUCACAGAUGACAGCUUGCGAUCCUGUGUAAAGAUGAAGGUGACAUCAUACAGCCCUGAUGUGCAGACGCUGUGCGCUGAGGUCCAGGAGCAGAAAUCCCAUUAACCAAGAUGACAGCUGGCUGACGUUAUUUUUGGUUUGCUGCUGGCGGAAAAUUUAAGUUCGGCGUUUUUCAUAAAUACAAGAAGGACUCAAAUAGACAUUGAAUAUUUUACUUAAAAGUAACUUUCAACCCAACGUCUUUUUUUCGGAGUUCAAAAUGUUUUUGUUGCAUGCAGAAAUGUAAUUUCGUUUUCUCUGCAGGAGUUCAUCAAUUUCAUAAAUGCAACACAUUAUAGUUUGUUUAUACAUAGCAUAAAGGCAAAAAAAACGUUGUAUGCAGUGUUAUUUCAUUUUAAAUGUCAAACGGGUUUUGCGGC